AGCCCUGCAGGAGGAGGCCAAGCUCCGCCCCUCUGUGGCCGAACUCUCAGGUAGAUUCAAAGGUUCGACUCCUGCACUGAAAAACGAAACAGAUAAAGCUGUCAGACGACGUCCACCACGGACCUUACAGCUUCCAAAAACCCAUGGAGGUGACCAAGAGGCUCCGCCUCCCAUCACAUCUCCUAAAGCCAAGAGGAACUCUGCUCUUAUCGAGAAGCUCCAGGCCAACCUCACUCUCUCUCCAAACUCUCCACCUCUGAAGAGCCCCGGCCUCAGACUCCUGCCUCUCGCCUUCACACCGCCCUCCACUGGCUCCACCCCAUCUCCCCAAGUAACCAUGCCCUCUUCAGUCACGCCCACCAGCCCCAUCCCCACGUCUCCGUUAACAGAGGAAGGCCCAUCCUCCUUUGAAGCUACUCCUUCUGCUGUGGAGGGAAAUAUCCUGUCGAGCAUCAACAAGGGCAGAGCUAGAGUCUCGAUCCGUCGCCGUCCUCCGUCCCGCUGCCACAGGAAGUCCAGCGGUGGAGACGAGGUCAGCGACGUCGCCGACACUAAAGUAAUCUCCCAGAGUGAAGCGGAGGAGCAAACAGGAGUAAUUGGAAGAGGAGGAGGUGAGGAGGUUUUCAUUAAGUACGUUCAGACAGAUGCUUCUUCGCAAACUGAGAAAAAUGAAGAGGAGGAGGAGAUGAAGAUCAUCUCUGAUGGGAGGAAAGAUGAGGGAGGAUUGUCUUCAUCACACCUGAGGAAGGAGGAGAACACUGUAGACAAACCGGAAGCAGUUCCAACUGAAGAAACGAAAGAAAAGAGAUCAUCAUGAUGACAGAACCAACGCGUGAGCGCGCUCACUCUGAGCCCCUGCAGAGCUGGGUGGG